ACGGUCCACCUGUUCGAACGAGAGGAACCUCCACUUCAGAGGUUCUUCGUGUAUCGAAGUGGGUCGUGAGGUGACGAUUAUUAUAGCUUAGGCUACAGUUUCCUAACAAACGUAGUUGAUCCUACACAAUUACAGUAAAAGUGUCUUUGCGGUUAGUUUUUAAAAUUUCCAUAUUUUGUACUGUAGGACCACCUCAGAGGCGGCCAUUUUGAAAACGCUUUGAGAAGGUGAAAAAUUCCUUAUCGCGUACGAUGAAGAGAAAGCGUAAUAUAAAAUCAAACAUGGUUGCCCAAGAAAAAGUUUGAAUUUAAACAAAAUCGUCCAAAAUCCUAGAGAAUCGUCCUAGUGUGCUUUGCUUUCUUUAGUAUAAAUCACAGACUGUCAAACUGUCUAGUCACUUCGUGCUGUGAUUGAAAAUAAUCGUUCUUAAAAUGAGAAGAUCUCCGGCUCCGUAUCCGAUUGUGGUGGCCAGUGGCAGUGGAAGUGUAGUUAUUCAACCCACGGGUGACCAUUACGAACCGGACCCGGUUGAUUCGGGUCCCGAAAUUCGACAGCUUAAGCGAAAGCACAGUGAGGAAAGAUUAUUUUGCUACCAAUACCAGGGUGUUGCUCAAUCUAUUCACAAAUUUCGCAAAGAUAACAGUGUACCACUGCCGGAAGUGGAUCAUUUUCACGGAUUUGGUCAAGCAUUUCAUGGGCCUUCGACAGAAUUUCGCGUCAUAGCUCCCAGUGAUGGAAACAAUAACCAAAACCACAUCCAGCAAGAACAACACCAACUAGGUUACAUCUACGAGGUCUCCAGCGGACACAGUGUGCCAGUAAUUCCCGUUCCACAGGCGCAGCUUAGUGCCCAGGAGCUUCCUAACUCUAGCAAUGGAAUUGUCCUGACCGAUAUCAGUUCGUCAACUUGGACCAGCACCCAGGAGCUGCUGGAUUUGGAUCGAAAACCGGCUUUGACGAUGCAAACGGAUAGUCACGCUAGUUUUCCGAUUGUUAGUGCCGAUGAUCAUCAUCAUCACCCACAACAGCAGCAACAGCAACAACAACGUCCGCCAGCGGUUCAUCACCAUCCGAACCACCGGCAGCACCAACAACACCAUCAAUUCCACGAUCAACAGCACAGCCAUCCGCAUUCGUAUGAACACGGUGGUCACCCGAAAACGCAGGAGCUGACAAUCGUGACGUCCAGCUGUGGUAGCAGGACUGCUGCCGUCGGUGGUGCAGGAAGCAGCGGCACUCGAAGGGUUCCCCCGGCUGUAAAUCCCGAAACGCCGGAAGACAUCGAGGAUAAAAAUCUGUCCUGGUUGUUCAAUUUCAAAUUGGAAGAUUUGCCACAUCUUUCACCAGAGGCCAAGCGUAGACAGGCCCCGAGGAACGCAGGCACCAGCCACAACAGCAACGCUGCGGGACCAAGUUCCUCGACUUGCGCAGCUGCUGGACAAACUGAUCCGGAACAGGGGCUCGAUCCAUCGACAGCGACAACAGCUACUGCUGCUGCCGCCAUCGAAGAAGAUGACAUGAACGUGGCCGAAAACGUAACCAUCGAAAAUACCAAUGCUGCAAAGAUAACCAAGAAGCCACCCUUCACGUAUACUGAAUUGAUCGAGUAUGCUUUGGAGGAUAAGGGAGAGCUUACAGUGUCCGGAAUCUAUCAGUGGAUAUCAGACCACUUUCCGUUUUACAAGUCAAAUGACGAUCGGUGGAAGAAUUCCGUUCGGCACAACCUGUCAAUCAAUCCGCACUUCCGAAAGGGCAACAAAGCUCCCCAAGGUGCUGGUCAUCUGUGGACGAUUUCAAGUCGAGAUUCGGAAGCCAACUUCCUCGCGUGGGAACAUAAACGUCAACGAUUGGAGCUAUUUUUCAAGAUGGAAGCAGCUAAUAAUAAAAGUUCUCGAGAUCCACCCCCUGGCUCCCCUAGUCAAGAGGAAAUAGCUGCCGCCACCGCUAGUUUAGCGCAAUACGAGCCACACUCCCCCGAACGAGGAUCGAUAUCCGAGUCAAUCGACUUCCGCAAUCCCCAACCUGGAACUUCCAACCAACACCUUCAACAGCCGCAGCCAAUGUAUGCCAACAAUCCGAACAAUCAAUUCGAGGUAGUUCAAAGCGAGGAACUCAAACGAUCCGCCGGCGAAAUCCUGAACGGAAUCCGUCGGAACGUGGAAGUGCAGAUUGUUCACCCAAUCAAUUCAAACAAUUUCCAGGCGUACGCUCUGUUGGACUCAGAUUACUACUUGGCCGAUUACCUGAACCCGGUAUCGAAAGAGGAAAUAGUUCAGGAGUGCGGACUACGAUCGGCUGCCGGACACCGGACGGAGGCAGCUCCCGCUGCCGAUUACUACAUCACAACGAUCGAUCCGAUUGAGCUAGGGAUCAACAUGAGCUCCAAUCAGGAUGAGGAUCAAAUUCUGUUUGAGGACGAUUUUAAUCUCAACUACUUUGGAAACAAUAUCAUGACUUGACGGCGAAUUCAAACCAACAAUGGUCUGCUGGAGCAACCACAGGCGGGAGAGAUUCAGCCACCGCAGUUGGCAGUUCCGCUCGGGGUGGCUUUCUCAGUUCCCUCUGAGGAGGAAGCAGAGUGCAUGGGAAGGGGUCCGGUUUGAAGCAGAAACAGAAUCCGUACCCCAAAUUACUAUAGAGUCUAGUAGUUUGAAGUAAGGCAAUAUUAUUAUGAACUUGUUCGAGUGAUUGUUUUUGUCCUGCAUUUGAAUAUUUAUCUAAUCAUGAUAGAAAUUGUGGUACUAAUCAUGUAAAUAAUAUUUAGAUUGAAAUGGGAGUAGCCUUCCAGUUUGCAAUAAAUGAUA